GAUCCGAAUUCCGAACCUCAAUUAUUACAUCGCGCAGACCUAAAUCCACUCCUCCGAAUACACAAUGGCAGGCUUCACAAAACGCGGCGGCGCCCGAGGUGGCAGCACCUACAAAAAGCCCUUCACGAAGAAACGUUCCUCACCAGACGCCGACGAUGACAGCGCGCCGCGCGCAAACAAGAAGACUAAGUCCGGAGACGACGACGACGACGAGUCACUACCGGUGGUACCCGAGCUCAAGACAGACGAUAACGGCGAUGCAUAUGUUGGUCUCAACGCCAGCGGCAAACGACGCGUUACAGUUAGCGAUUUCAACAAGAGCACGCUUGUUAGUAUACGGGAGUACUAUAUCACUGAUGCUGGAGAGACGAGGCCGGGGAAGAAGGGCAUCUCGCUUACAAUCGAUCAAUACAACGCUCUACUCGCUUCCGCACCACUUAUCGAAUCUGUGCUGGCGAAGAAGGAUUUACAGGUCGUACGCCCGGAUUAUGAGGCUGAUCUGAGUGCGAAGAUUGAGGACACGAAGGAAGGAGACGAAGAAGAGGCAGAAGAGGACGAGGAUGAGAGUGCGAAGAAGCCUGGGGACGAGGAAGAUGACGAUGAGUAAUAACUGCACGCUUCAAGAGGUAAUUGCUGGACACUUAUCCAGAUGUACAACAAGGCACACAAUGGAGUUCCUGGCGAUGGAGAUAAACUUCGUCACGGCAGGCAAGGAAUGAACAAGU